AUAAUAAACACAAGUGUGCAUACCAAAUUGCAUGCACAUAUAGCCUUGUCAGUGGCAUUGUUCUCUCAUGAGGAGUUCAUCAGCCCUACAAUAACUUGUUAGGGUCCUUAUCAGCCACCCCAUCGUGUCAUACUGGCAGGCCAAUUACUGCACACAGUCACUUUGUAACUCCUAAAAAUAGACCAGGAUAAAGCCUCUUAAGUUCAAACCACAUAAGUUGCUUUCCCCGUGUGCCACCUACGAAUAAACCCUUAGCCACCAACAAAUCCCUAAGGACGGUGGUGCUUUUAAGGACUCAAACAUGCGUGGCCCAAGAAGUGAGGGAUGCUCAGGAUGCAGGUGCUCAGUUGAGCGUAGAACUUGCAGAUGGGUUAACGUCAGUGUUUUAAGUUCAUCCGCUGCCCGCUGGUGUGCCACAGGAUACAUCCAGCAUGGGUGACCUGCUAGGAUUGGACAACUUGGUGGCCAACACCACCUACCUGAAGGCCCAGCAGAUCGAUCGCAAGGAGCUGAGAAAACGGAGACUCUCCCUGACGCUGCCCAAGCUGAAGAAGACCUCUGCUCUCCAGGCAGCAGAGGGAGAGAGGUACGAGUCACUCUGCGAGCAACAGCCUAUCGGGAGGAAGCUGUUCCAGCAGUUUCUCCUGACCUCUAACGACCAGUACGCGGCUGCUGCUGAGUUUCUGGAUGAGCUGAGCAAGUGGAGCUUUGCCGAAGAUGAAAAAAGAGAAAAAGCCAAACAGACGAUCCUCGCCAAGUUCUGCCAGCCUGGGUCUACGAGAUUCCUGUCCUACUUCACCGAAGAGGAUGCUGAAACAUGCAAGGACUUAUCGGACAGUAACUUUGAUGAGGUGAUUUUGGACCAUCUGAGAGAAGCCACUAGGGAGUUCCUGAAGGGAAGACCUUUCUCGGAGUACCUGAAAAGCCAGUUCUUCUACAGGUUUCUGCAGUGGAAGGAGUACGAGAGGCAGACGAUCACUGACAAAUACUUUUAUGAGUUCAGGACUCUGGGAAAAGGUGGCUUUGGUGAGGUGUGCGCGGUGCAGGUGAAGCACACGGGCCAGAUGUACGCCUGCAAGAAGCUGGAUAAGAGGCGUUUGAAGAAGAAAGGCGGUGAGAGAAUGGCUCUCGUGGAGAAGCAGAUCCUGGAAAAGGUCAACAGCCUUUUUAUCGUAAACCUGGCUUACGCUUACAACAGCAGACACCACCUGUGCCUGGUAAUGGACCUGAUGACUGGAGGAGACCUCAGGUUCCACAUAUACGACUUAGGGAAGAGAGGCAUACGGAUGGAGCGUGUGGUUUACUACACAGCCCAGAUAACCAGUGGCCUCCUGCACUUGCACAACAUGGGCAUCGUGUACCGUGAUAUGAAGCCUGAAAAUGUGCUGCUGGAUGGUAAAGGACAAUGCCGCCUGUCAGACCUCGGAUUGGCUGUGGAGCUGUCAAAGGGCAAAAUGAUCUGCCAGAAGGCUGGUACGACUGGCUACAUGGCCCCUGAGGUUCUGAAGCAGGAGUACUACCGCUACUCUGUGGACUGGUGGUCGCUGGGAUGCAGCAUUUAUGAGAUGGUGGCCGCCCGCUUGCCUUUCAGAGACUUCAGGGAGAAGGUGCAGAACGAUGAGGUGACUCGCCGCACCCUGGAGGACGAGUGCAAGUUUGAACACAAAUCCUUCGAUGCUCCCACCAAAGAUAUUAUCAGCCGCUUCCUCAAGAAGAGGGUGGCGCGUCGCUUUGGGUGCCAAGGCGACGACCCACGAAGCCACGAGUUCUUCAACAGCAUCACCUUCCACCGACUGGAGGCGGGCCUGCUGGAGGCCCCCUGGGUGCCAAAGCCCGACGUGGUCUACGCCAAAGACGCGGACGAGUUCAAGGACAGCUCUGACAUCAAGGACGUCAGGUUUGACACCAAGGAUGAGAAGUUCUUCAGGGAGUUCAGCACGGGCGCAGUGUCCGUGCAGUGGCAGAAGGAGAUGAUUGACAGCGGCGUGUUUGACGAGCUGAACAGCGCCACGGUCAUCCAACGCGACCGCGAGACUGCGUGGAAAACCAGGCUGUGCGUCCUUUUGUGAGCACACACACAGGAGGAAUUUUGGACACUUGAAAAUGCACAGAUGUCCUUAAAUCGAAGUGCCUUCAAUUAUGUGCCUCGGAAACCUUUUUACGCGUGGCCUUUUUCCUUAACCUCAGUACAUUUCCCCACAUAAAUAAUUUCAUUAUGCAGCCACAGCCAAACAUAAUAGGACAUUAGUAGCUGCAGUAAAAUAAACUCGCAGUAUUAAUGCCCAGAUGGAAAACAUGCUGACAUUGUACUGCAGCUGCGGCUUUAUACUUUGCCCUCUGUUCCCGGUGAGACAGCAGAUCCCAGCGCCUUCAUAGUUUCCAUUACAUCACUCGGCAAUUUUUGGCAGGCAACUGUUUACGUGUGUUUGUAAACAAGCUCCAUAAUGGCUAAGUGUCAUCACACUAAUGCGCCACCUUUCUAAUAGUGACCCACGUUUCACACGAGCCCUCUGAAGAGCCCUUCUUCUUUCCCCCUCUGAUGAGCUCCUGCUCAGGGUCGCGCUGAUGAAGUCUCUCAGCGCACCGCUGAGCGCCGCCAGACGCUCACGGAGCUCGCUCAACCUCCCGCGGCACUCAUCAUCAUCAUCCCCAUUAUCCCGCGCUGCUCUGGUAUUUACAAGCACUGGAUGACUCGUUCACUAAUUUUAACGAGGGACCGAGGGAGACAAAUUGUCGUACACGCGCAAAGUUUUUUCCACUUGAGAACAUGUUAACAUAGAUUUUCUGGCACCAUCGAGCCAACGCCAAACCCCUUUACAGCCCCCUCAAAUCACCCUUUGUUUAUGCACAGACCCCUUGUUCUCACUGCACAGCAACAACAACAAAAAGUAGGCUGUUUGAGAAAACCUUUCACACACACGUUGCCUUUAAGGAUCCAUAGUUUCCCCUGAUUCAUGACUGAAGACUCAGGUUGCAGUAAAUCCACGGACUGUUGCUGCUAAUCAAUCGUUGCAGACUCUACUGUAGCUUCUGCUUGGAAAACAGCAGAUUUCAGGGGGGCAGGUUUGGCCUUUAGGCUACCAGGAUCCCCCAGGUGUCUUAUUUUUGACUCGUUUUUACUUUUAAACUUUUAAACUGCAACUUAAGAAAAGUGGUAGGCAGAUCGAUCCAAAUAUCGAUAUUCUAGAUACCAACGCUGGUAUUGGUAUCGGACCGAUACUGGCGCUAUAGAAUCGAUACUUUAGUUUUUGAAAAUGAAAAAAUAAAUUCAAAAAAUGUCUGUGAAUGUAAUAACCAACAGAAGUUGACCCAAACUGCUUUAAAGACAGGCACAAGACAUUCUCCAAAAACACUCAGAUUUAAAAUACAUAAAAAGCUAAAAGUUGUGUUUUGUUGUGUAAAAUAAUUAUUGUGGAAAGUAAAAAUCACAGUGAUUUAGUGGUCAUUAAAAUGUGCUCAGAAUUUCCAAAAUGAUGAUGAUUGUUCUCAUAAAUCAUGGCACGCUGCUCCCCUACAGAAGCUGGCUUUAUAGUUUAAAAGUAUUGGUAUUUGGUAUUGCUAUAUACUUAGUAUUGGAUCAGUACAUACUACUACUGCAGUAUCACACACCAGCAAAUAGAAAAAACAUCACAAAAACUAAACAAAAACAAAAAGUUUCACAAAGCACAAUGGAACUGUUUUUGGGGAGACAAUAAGUUGACGGACCAGACGCGGAUGUGACAAGCUAACAGUAAAUAGCUAAUACCAAACAUGUUUCUACAGUAUUACAUGAAUCAUGUGACUAAAACAGACAUGCAUCACAGCUCAUCUGUCACAUUAUUCUGUCCCCAAAAAUAUUUCUGUUUUGUUUUUCUAUCUGCUGCUGUUUUCUUAAGUUGCAGUGCAUUUGACCUUUCAGGGCCACCGUACAUUAGUGCCAAACAAUGCCAAUCACCUUUUAUGAUGCAUUUCUGAACACAUAAAUGUGCUUUUCUUGCAGUUUAGAUGAUAUGCUCUUAUACUUUCAACAACAUAUUUUGGUUUGCAAGGAUUUUAUGGAUCAUCUUUUUUGCUACUGAUGUUGGCAAACCUUUUUUUUUAACAAGCUGUGAUGAAAGAAAAUAAAAGCAAAUUUCCAAAAAGCUUGAGUGAAAUAAAGUUAUUUCCCUGUCCUCCUACCGCUGAUGAUUUCUGCAAACAAGUGAGUCACCAGAGCGAUGACAUGUGAAGUUACAGGUCGAAAGCUACACAGUCAUUGUGAUUAUCCUCUUGUUGCUCAUCUCACGGUUGCAGAUCUCAUCUGUCAUCAUUUAUCCAAGCAGCCCGGUGUCGAUCUGAAAAACAGAGAGGCGCUUGUGUCUUCAGUUACAUCAUGUUGCUUCAAUAUUUGAUUCGGAUUGCUUCAUCUGUCACUGUCAGCGUAACCCUCCAAAACAAAACAAAAAAAACCCUCAGCACGUUUAGGUAAUGACGGACACACAAACAUGUGUUGCGCUAAUUCCUGCGCGGGCAGGGGAGAGG